AUGGGCGCGAAAGAGGAGACAAUUUUACUCUUGAAAGAAAUCUUCGGCGAGCACGAGAUCCUUUUCCCAGCCUCGCUGACAGCUCUGGGAAAAGAAAUUGCUGGCGCGUUCCAAGAUGAACUUUCUACAUUAGCCUCCGUGGUGUCCAGCUUCACAAAUGUCCGACCGCCGAGUAUCUCUUUGUGGUCCUGCUGCAGAGCACCAAGCUGCUUUCCUUCUUGCAGGCUUCCGAGUACUAACGACUUUAUUCACUUCGCGCACCAACUUUAUCUCGUCUUCACCUCCUACCUCCCCUCCAUUCUCGCCCUAACAAUUGUGGACCUUUUCAAGUUCUGCGCGGACGCUUUAUUGCUCGUCGCGUCAAUUGUUUCAAUUCAAACCACGCUGGAACUCUCGGACUUAGACCUGGACCUCGUCAUCUUCCACGACUUCUCCGUCACCGCAAAGGUCAUGCAAUUGCUGGGGGCGCUGGAGGACACAAUGGUCCCGAUUAUCGGUUGGGCGACCAGACAACUGUUUUCGCACUUCGACUUUUUGUUUACGGAGUUCAAUCUGGGUGUUGGAGACAUCAUGGGCACCAGAUCGAACUGCACUCUCGCCAUUGUGCUCUUCGCGGCCGGGGUUCUGACGGGGUCCACGUUACUGCUCUGCCAAGUGGUUGGCGGGGAUUGGUUGGGAUUAUUGGUCGGUGGACGGGCAAAAAUUUUGAUCACAAAAAAGGACUUGACGCAGGCGAAAUGCAAAGCGCGAGGGGCGGGGGAGAUUGAUAGUCAGGACGAGGUAUACGCCCCGAGUGCUUGCAGCCUCGUUUCAAUCAAGGCCUUGGCGGCGACCAGCAUUCUGAAAUUCCUCCCGCUUCUCUUCAAAGGAAUCUCCGCCGGUAUCUUCCUCGCGUUGCAGGUGACACUGAUUCUCGCGAACCAGUACACGUGCUACCUGUUCGUCCUGCUAAUCCAGGGCUACGAAGUGGAUCCAGCGGAUCCGGUGCAUCAGCCUGGGACGGCGUGCGAGGAACUGGGCAACGCGUUUCCAGAAAUUGGUGGGGAACUGCAGAUCGAAGACACGGCGGUAAUCACGGGCAUGUCCACGACUGAAAUGUUGUUAUCCGCGACCCUUUCCGUCGCAUUCAUGCUGGUUGCGGUGUUUAGCCUCUUCUCCGGCUUUGUUUUGUUACAAAAACCCCUUUGCUUCUGCUCACAGCAGGUGGUGAAUCUGGUGUACUAUAGGGACGACGAGGUGGGGCUGCAAGAAGGCCAAGGCGGGAAAAAGAACAGACAAAAAGACCGCGGUGCUGUGUAUGCGACCUCUACGGAUGUCGUGGAUUCGGCGACUCUGGUAGAUGAAUCUUCGCUACCGGCGGUAGUGGAACCAGAGUCACCUCCCUCUCCCAAAACCCCCUACAACAAGAACCAAAACCUCGUCCCGAUCUCCGUCACCCUCCGCACCGGUUUAGACCCCGCUUCCAACCUGCGGAACCGGCCCGGCCAAAUUUCCGCGGGGCCCCAAGCCGUGGCCGGGAUCUGGGACAAAACCGUCCGGGCCUGUUUCUGCGUGGAGGAAAGAUGUGUUGCGUACGCAAAAUCCAUGGGCUUCGAAGACAUCUUUGCGUUGAAGAAGCACAAGAAAGAGUUUCACGCGUACAAACUGGAGAUGCAGGAGGCAACCGGCAAAGCGCUGUCGGGUCUGUUUCUGCUGUUUCCCUUCGGCGCACUGAUCACGAAAACGGUGGUAUCCCACGAAAAAACUGUUUCACUGUGAUGAUUUUGCAAGAUCUGCAUCACAAGUUUGUUACAAAUGACACUGAAAAUUUGUCAUGCGCACUUCCCAAGGGAAAACAAAAUCUAACGCCUUGCAGGUGUAGCAAGACAAGUAGUUCUGUGUUCCAUUUUCUGCAUCACAGGUUCACAGUGAAGCAGUUUUUUCUUGCGAUAGGUGGAGUACGUGAACACGCCGGAUCUGGACUGGGGACACCGACGAGAGGUGAAGGUCGUCGCGGACGCGAAGAAGAAAACUACGGAACAAGGUGAUGAACAACGCACAUCCUCUGCUAUCCCUAGUGUCGAAAAUGUUGAAGUUGAACAAGCAAAAGAUGACGAAAGUAGAACCGCAAAAAUUACCGUCACAGAAGACACGGAAGGUCGGGACGAAGUGGACAUCAAUAACAAUAAGAACACUUCUUCUACCAAUAAUUCUGAUCCUGAUGAAGAUGUUGAAAAGAACCCCACAACUCACCAUCUCCGCCACACGUGGUUCUUUCCGACCUUUUGGCGCGCCCGGCGCUGAAUGGGGCUUGGGCAGCUGGGGAAACUAGCGCUGCUGCACAUGGUGGUCUUCUGGGGCGGGGACGUCACCCACCUGGUAACGAUGUUCAUUUUGAUUAGUCUGGUGAUGCAGACGAUUUUGGUUGUGUCGGGGCAGCAGGACGUCAGCGACGAAGACGAGGAUGUCACGGAACAACAAAGCGGUGCAUCAGAAACGGUGUUAGAAAACCAGUUGCGCGCUUUGGCGGGAACGGAAGGAGAUAGCAGAACGUCAUCGUGAUGGCGAUCAGGAGUCGUGCUAUACUUAUUUGUAUUUGAGCUCUUCUCGAAGAUAACUUAUCUUCGAGAAGAGCUCAAUACAAAGAAUGCAAGAAUUGUAAACCUACUUAUCUUAGAUAAGUAGGUUUACAAUUCUUGCAUUCUUGCGUUUGACCUUCACCUUCUAGAGAUGUAUGAGCAAUAUGCGAGUACUAGUACCGUCGAGACAUCAGACCAAUGGCAGUCCUUCUCGAUUGAUGUAAGUUAGUACGGUAGAGAUAUCUUCUUGAUGUACUUCUAGCUGGUGUUUUCAAAUUUUGAAGUGGUUUCCGUUUGUACACUACUUACAGUAUGUUUCUUUACAAGGUUUUGCUAGAGGUCCGACGUCGCAUUUUAGCGUGAUACUCUUCUAAUCCUGUUCUUGAAAAUGAGAUGAUUGGUCAAAGUGACCAUUUGCAAUUAUUGUUCCAGACCGCGAGGAACGCGAGAUAGUAUGGCCGAUGAGAAAGGUCACUGGAUGUAUCGACGAAAGUGCGGGGGCUUUCAAGUAUUGCUUCGCAAACAUUUUCAUACUGAAAAGACAUGUAAU